GGAUGCUUUUUGCCAUUCUGAUGGUAAAUGAUGAGACAGGCAACCAUGGAUUUCAGCACUCCAUCUGUGUUUGACCAGCAAAAAGGUGACUCAUCUGAGGAAGUUGACCUGACCAUGGUUUAUCAGGCAGCUUCUAAUGGAGAUGUCAAUGCUCUGACCUCAGUAAUUCGUGAAGACCCUUCCAUCCUAGAAUGCUGUGACAGUGAAGGAUGUACACCCUUGAUGCAUGCAGUUUCUGGACGUCAAGUGGACACAGUGAAGCUGUUGUUGAAGAUGGGGGCCAAUAUUAACAUGCAGGAUGCUUAUGGCCGCACAAGUCUAUGCCUGGCAACCUAUCUGGGUUGGCUAGAAGGUUGUGUGAGUCUGCUCAGGAAUGGUGCCAAGCACAAUAUCCCGGAUAAAAAUGGCCGUCUGCCACUGCAUGCUGCCACUGCUGAGCCUGAUGUGAGGCUCCUAACAGUGUUGGUGCAACAGUCAAAUCUCAGCGAGAUUAAUCACCAGGACAAUGAGGGAAUGACACCACUUCACUGGGCAGCUUUCCACAACCGGCCUCAACACACCCAAAUGCUGCUGAAGAAAGGAGCAGACCCUACUCUUGUGGAUAAAGACUUUAAAACAGCUUUGCACUGGGCAGUCCAGAGUGGAAAUAGAAUUCUGUGUUCCAUCAUCCUGAGCCACCACCAGGGUCCAUCCAUAAUCAACUACGAUGACGAGAGUGGGAAGACAUGUGUGCACAUUGCCGCAGCAGCAGGCUUCAGCGACAUUAUUAAUGAACUGGCGAGAGUGCCUGAGUGCAACCUGCAGGCUCUGGAUGUGGACGACAGGACACCGCUGCACUGGGCUGCAGCUGCAGGGAAGGCAGACUGUGUGCAGUCACUGCUGGAGCUGGGCAUGGACAGCAACCUGCGAGACACCAAGGAGAGCACACCCCUGGCCUACGCCCUGUACUGUGGCCACACAGCCUGUGUCCAACUCCUCUCCCAAGAGAGUAGAACAGAGCCUACUCGACCCUUUCCUUCCCAGAGCAGUAGACCCCAGAAGAAGGAGGGACGAUUCAGCAUGCUCAACCAAAUCUUCUGCAAAAACAAAAAAGAAGAGCAGAAAGCCUAUCAGAAGGAUCACAGCAGGGAUCGACACAGGGGGGAGCACACCUCGGAAGUCGAUGACAUCAUCACCACCUUUGACGGCAUCGUGGAUACCAACUGCCAAGAAGGGCCAGGCGAUCAGGUGGCUAUGAUUGACCUUAAGAAGCGGACCUCAGAGAAUUCAAAAUAUCUCUUGCCAGAAAAGAAGCCUCUGGGCCCCAAGGGGCUUCCACCAAUCAGAACGCAGAGUCUCCCACCCAUCACCGUGGGCAGUCACUUCCUGACAGCUUCCCAGGGGGCCACUUCCCAUACUGGUCUGAGCUCUGGUAGUCAUCAUAUGGCCCAGCGAUCUCAGAAAAGCCGCAGUGAGCAGGACUUACUGCAUAACAGAACUGGUUGCCAAGCGUUGCUAGAUAACCCCUGGAGAGGCGAUUCUAACCAGGUGUUCUGUAAGGCUGGGACUGUGUCUUCUUCUGAUAAACUGCUGGACAGAUUGCUCACCAGUGGCUCUGGUCACCAGGAGGUCUUUGGGCUGCCACAUCUUCCUCAUCUACAUAAUCCUUCAUCAGGACAAAAUUUUCAGCAUCUGUCCCCAAACAGACCCCAAAUCAGGGAUCAUCCUUUCACCCGGAACAACCUAGCUCCCUUACCAGACCAAAAAUUUCUAUCUGGAGAAUCUCUGAGGACAAACCGAGUGCUACCUGCUAUUCCAAGCCAACGGGGACACAGCACAGCAGGCAAAGAAAGUGAAAACUUUGUCAAUCCCACCAAUGAUGAGAAUUAGCUGUGGCUCACUGACUGUAAAAAUAGGGAUUAUAUAUAUUUUCAACUGUCAAGGGAUGAGAUUACUCUAGUUUGUGAGAACAAAGACUGAUUCAGUAAAUUGCAUUCUAGAAGCCAUUCACAGUUUUACAACUCCUUCCUAAUGACAUUUCCCAAACAAGCACUUGGAAUCUUUGAUUAUAUAUAUAUUUUAAGUCUGUGAGUUGCUCUGACCUCUACAUGCCAAAACUAAAAGUCAGAAUAUGUUAUCAGCAGGGAAACAGCUAUGUUUGGCUUGCACUGUGGUAUCAGCAGAGAUUUUUUUUUUUCCUGAACAAUUUUAUGUUCUAAAAAUGUAUGCUUUGCUGAAUAAAAAAAAAAAAAAACAACAAAAAGCAUAUUCCAUAGUUUUCUUCACAUUCAUUGUAAUUCUACCCUUGGUUGAUGAAACUUAAUUAAAAUUAAAGUAGCAAAUUCCUUUAAUCACAGUUUAGUCACAGUUUUUGGCUUUUAAAUGUACAAGCUUCUGUAAAAUAUUUUCUAACAUCUGAUCCUGGUAACAGCCCAAAUCAUUUGCCAAUGUUUAUGUAUCUUCUUUGUUAUUUGAUUAUUUCCACCUAUUGUCACUUUCAGAUGUGAUUAAUAGUGAGAAGAUCAUGUGAGUUGGAAGGGUCUACAUCCUGGCCUAACAGAAUGAAAUCGGCACUUCUCAUACAUUCCUCAAAUACUCUAUGUAUUUAAUCAUUCUUUUUUAUGUUUCAAAAUAAUGGUCUCUGCCCACUCAAAAUGUUUCCAAAGUUAUGACUUAGUAAAGUUUGAAAGGCUACUACUAACUGUAGAUCUUACUUAAGAUGUUUAUGUGUUGUUGAGACUGAUUUAAAUGUCAAGGCCCAGCCAUAUAAGAUUAUAGUCAUUCCAUGUUAUUUCU